AUGGCACAAAGAGCAACCGCUUCCUGCUUCUGCGGCACCGUCCAACUCGAACUGGUGCGUCCCGACCAUCCAUAUAAACCCAUCCACCCCACCCACCUUAUUAUCCACAGACUGACAAUGUUUCGAAACAACAGCNCAGUCGAAGGCGACGACCUGACCCAAGUCUUCGUCUGCCACUGCACCGACUGCCGCAAACUCACCGCCUCGGUCUUCACCACCGCGUUCGUCGUCAAAGACUCUUCCCUCACCCACCUCCGCGGCGAGGACAAGCUAUCCCAAUACGCCACUUCGGCAACCGUGGCGUCGGGAAACACAAUGACGAAUUUCUUUUGCAAGGGCUGUGGCACGUUGAUGUAUAGACGCAGUUCCGGGUUUCCGGGGUUGAGUAUUACCAGGGUGGGCACGGUGGAUGAUUUGGAGUUGCAUGAUACAAAGUUGAAGCCCCGGGUGGAGAUUUGGUGUCAGAGUAGGGUUGCGUGGUAUGGAGGUGUCGAGGGGAUCAAGCAGUCGCAAGAUCAGGCUGCACUGUAA